UGAAAACACUCAAAUAUAGGUACAUCAAAACUUUAAUUUUUAAAGUGCAGGACUUGAGUAAUGUACUUACAUCCCACCACUGUAGGCUGUAGUCAUUUUUUUUAUAUUAGUUUUGGUCCGAUAACUAUCUUUUAUUCUAUAAAUACAGUCACUAACCACCGAAAAUGCUCAUCCUAUGAGGAGUUUAAUCUUUGGCAGCGACAGGGUAAGGUAUAGGACGUGACUCAUCUUGUGUUUGACGCUCCUUCUAUCAUCUUUGAUUAUCUGUAACGGCUGCGUGGUGACGCAGCGCGCCCCCUGGCGGCGGAGGGACACACUGCACUGUAACCGUCCGUUACCUGUGCUGCUGACCACGUUGACCCGUGGAUGACCCCACUAUAAAAAAAACACAGAAAAAAACAACUAAAAACAAACAAACAAAAAAACACUUUAAAGACUUUAAAACGUACAUGCUUUUAAAAGAGAACCAGCUGUGUUCUUUAACGUGAGGACGGAUUUAUAGAGAGUUUAACGACUUCAAACGUGGAUGGCGAGAUGUGGUGCUACAAGAUACCGGGGUUUGAAGCCCUCCUCCUCACGGAGCUGCAGAGACAGCAACAAUGCAGGCAGUUUUGUGACGUUCUGCUCAAGACAGAAGGUGUGUCAGUGCCGGUACACAGCUGUAUCCUCUCAGCCAUCAGCCCGCACAUCUCCGCUGCUGUGUCAUCUACGCCGCCGCCCCCUGCAGGACAGAGCCGUCUCUUAGACUUACAGUCUCUAGAUGCCUGCUCGCUGCUUCACAUGGUCAGACUGAUGUACUCCGGAGAAAUGGUAGGGGAGCGGGAGGAGGAGAAACAAGAGGCUAUUUCUGCCGCAGCCAGGCUGGGCAUCCACGGGCUGGUGCAGGUCACAAGAAGAGUUUGUAAAUGCAGACACGAGGAAGGAGAAGGCCGGCGUGCAGAGGUCGGAGUGCAGACAGAGCCAGAGGAGAAUGAAGGUGGCAGGUGGAGGAGAGAAAUGAGGGACGGAUGCACCUUUCUGUGGAAAGAGACACUGUCAGGUGGUGGAAGAGAGACAUGGACUCAGACAGAGGAGCAGGCUGGUUCUCACCCAGCAGCCUCCUUUGAGACCAUUGACCUGGCUGCUCUACAGGGUUUAAGACAGACAGACACUGGUCUUCCUCCCUCUCAAAUUCCCUAUGUCCCCAUGUCCCUUGUCUACCCACAAGAUGAAAACCAAGCACACCAGUCUUCCUCUGCUACUGUGGACACUAUGCAAGAAUCUACAGCAGCUGUUGUGGCACCACCGUACACCUCCCUGCGUCCUUUCUCCAGCCAAGAGACCCCGUGUGCUGCUGACCCUCAGAGCUGGUGUUCUGCUCCUCAAAGAACAGGCGGAAAUGUCCCAGCAGCUGAAGAAUGGACGGACGAGCAGUUCUUACAGUUCCAAGGCAACAUCCCAGGAUACAUCAACUACUUCCUGAACCCAGAGAAAGAGGAGAGCCCUCCAAGGGGGCGAGCAAGGAGGAGGCGGGGAGCAAGAGUGGGAGGUGCCAGGAGAGCCGGGACCGGGGAGAGAAAAGCCAGGAGGCCGCGAGCAAGCAGAGGAGGGAGGGGGAGAGGGGGGUUAAUGCAGACGGUAGAUGUGCAGGAGGUGAAAGAGGGCAAGCUGCAGAAGUUGUUCUUGCACAGGUGGGGCAUGAGGGCGUCCAGGAUGGGUCAGGGUGGAGGAGCUGCAGGCAAGAAACUAUACCUGAAGACCAGAGAGCUCCUGAAACCGGUCAAGAAGAGGAUCAGACGCGGCAAAGGGUUAGACUUCAGCCCGGGCGAAGACGUGCCGCUGCACAGUGAGGAAGGAGCAGGUAACACGCAACAUGGACCAAAGAGUGCGACGCAGCAGUUUAACCAGCGACUCUACAACAAUACCUUAUCGGCCUCCAGCCCCUCCCUCCAGCCGUCCUCACCCCGUCUACUGUCCCCAGCACCGUCUUUCCUCCACACCACCCCCAUCCCUCCCCCGGCCCCUCCACCUCAUGAGGAACACUUUGAUCGUCUACUAGAGGAGGUGAUGAUGGGCCUGGACAUUUUGCCAAACAACAACAGUGCUUCACAUUCUCAGCCUCCUCUCUUAGCCAGGAGCAGUACUAACACCUCCUCUGGCAGUACAUUGACCAGAAACAAACAACAAGGCCGUGCUGCGGACCUCCUGGAAGCAGGGCCAGGUUUUCAUAGGUCCACACAAGUUGAAGUUAUAGCAGGCGGCUCUAACUGUGCAGACAGUGAGGGGCCCAUCCUGCAGCAACAGAGGGAGGGAGAGCUCAAUGAGAUGCUGGAGAACCUCCUCCUGUCCUUCGAGCAACACACUGACAGCUGUGCUGCCACAGAAGAGAUGGAGAUGGGUGGUCAGAGCUGCACAGAGGCGAUGAACGAUGAAGCGGAAUCACGCACGGCUCGAGCUCACAGUGCCGUUACUGUGGGAACACCGGAAACGGUCAAAAAAGCAGCCAAGCAACGAAAAAGAAAAAGAAAAAACGAAUAUCCGUUCUCAUUUGAGAAAAAGAGGGUGAGGAAGCCAGCGUUGUCAAGUGACGCGAAGACCAAAAUGGUCCAUGACCAACAAGACAAGCAGCUACAGCAGAUGCCGGUGGUGAAACUAGAGAGGAGCGGCCCGCUGCCAGUCCGAGUUACACUGAAGGGACACGGCAGUCAUUAUCUGGAAGUCAAGAGUGCAGUGUUCAGUUCUUCAUCAGUGAGAUGCCAACAUAACAAGAAUAAGCAAGUCUUUAGCGGUUUGAAGAUGUAUCCAAUCAGGAGCAGGUUUAGAGAAGCACACAUGGACAGUGCUCCCUUUCUUGAGGAGCCACUUGGACACAAAAAGCCACUUUCAACCCUCCAGCCAGGUCACAUGCCCAAAGAUAAUGUCAGUCUGUGUAACGGUGAAAAUCCAACAUCACCGAUUCAGCCGCAGCCUGCGGAUGAACAACACGAGAGACAUGAAGAAGAAUGGACUCUUCCGCCACAACUAGAGGCGGAGGAACCUGAUAGGAGGGGAGCAGAGUCAGAGGAGGAGAUAAGCGAUGAUGCCCCCGCGGCCAAGAGGGUUUGUUUUCAGCAGAUGCCACAGCUGACACCUGAAACGUGCACACGCAGCCGUGAAUCUGCAGACUUUGAACCAGCAGCUGUAGAGGUAGAGGAUGUCAUCGAUGAGAUGACUGUUUCUCUGACUAGAGUAGAAGAUUGUUUGCAAAAAGGGGAACGAGAAGCAAAAACAGCGCAGAGUGAAAUCAGAUGUUCGGCGGAUGAAGAGGUGGAGAGCAGCGGCGAUGAGAUCAUUGAUGUGGAUGGAGACGUGGAAGAGCCAGAAAAGGAUUGCUGCCAGAGCACGACAGCACAGAGAGAGAAGCCUUCACAUUCAGAGGUCAGCCUGAGGUCAGCAGGAAGCUGCGAAGAGGACAAAGACAAUGACAUCGAUGUGAUUGGAGGAUCCAGUCCCCUGCCUGAUCCGGUGACCAUCGACUGGACAGAUUCUUCAGAAGGUGAGAAAGAGGAAGGAGACGAGGAUGUUGACGUUGUCGGGGAAAAACAAACUACGCCUCAUCAGCAGUGUUUUCUAUGAUGAGUAAAAGUGAGCCUGUUAACAGAAAAUAUCAGACUGAGGUGCUCUUAUGUUAGCGUCCAGUACUAACAAAGUUAUACUUUUUUCUGUUUGAGAAAAGAUUCCUGAAUUAGUUUCAUUUUUCUUGUGAGAUACAAAGCAGGUAGAGAAAGUUAAAGUGAAGUGAUUACUGAAACGGUGUGCAUCAUGAUGCAUAAAGACACUCGAGUGAGUUUAAUCAAAACAACAGGAGUUCCAGUUUGAGCUCUUAAAGUUGAGUAUAGAGACAACAUGACUAAAAUAGUUCAUUUGUACUUUAUAGAUAUUAAGACAUUGGUUUUAUGUAAAGAGUUGCCAGUUUGUUACUGCUAAGUUCAGUAGUUUGUGAUUUUUACGCAGAUAUGUUCAGUUAAGUUUGUUUUAACUGUCGAGUAUUGAAAACAGCAUGAACCAAACGGUUAACGAAACUGCAAGAAAAUCAGGUUUCUGUACUAUCAAAGGAAUCAGGAGAGUUUUAUUAGUUUUAAAUACGACAAUGACCGUAUAAGUUGUAAAUAUUAUGCUCAUGUCAGCUUCUGUUCUGUGAAGGUUUGUUAAAUGUUUCAGGAAAACUCUUGUCUUCCUCGUUUUACUGUCACAUUAUGUUUCACAGUGUUCCGCACGGCACUUUUGAGUCUGCAAUAAAAGUUUCC